AUGGGGCGGCUGCUGGCGCCCUGCUGCCUGGUCCUGGGCUGGCUGUGCUGGGGGCCAGCGCGGGCGGGGGGCGGCGCGGGCCGGGGCCCGGGGCCGGGGCCGGGCUCGGGGCCGGGACCGGGGCCGGAGCCGGGUCCGGGGGAGUACUGCCACGGCUGGCGGGACGGGACGGGCCGCGUCCAGGGCGGCUUCCAGUGCCCGGAGCCCUUCGACCGCGCCGACGCCACCAUCUGCUGCGGGUCCUGCGCCCUGCGCUACUGCUGCGCCGCCGCCGCCGCCCGCCUGGAGCAGGGAGCCUGCGCCGCCGACGGCCAGGCCGGGCCCCCGACGCCGCCCGCCCAGCCCGUGUACGUGCCGUUCCUGAUCGUCGGCUCCAUCUUCGUGGCCUUCGUCCUGCUGGGCUCGCUGGUGGCGGUCUACUGCUGCAGCUGCCUCCGGCCGAAGCCGUCGGGGCCGCGGGCGGGGCGGGGCCUGGGGCCGGGCUGCCGGGCCGAGGCGCUGCCCAUGAUGCUGGCGGCGGCCGCGGCGGCCGGGGGCGGCGGGGGGCGGCGGGCGGCCUCCCGCCGCUCCAGCCCGGCCACCAGCUCCAGCUCGGCGGCGGGCUCCCUCCGCCGCUUGUCGCUGGCCAGGCCCGAGCCCACCGGACCCCCUCCGCCCCCGCCCCCGCCACCCUACUCGUCCGGUGCCUUCGAGCCCGGCGGCGGCGGGGCCGCCGUGCAGCUGGCCCAGCCCGCGGGCUUCCUCCUGUCGGCGCAGUACUACGCCUACCAGCUCCCGCCCGAGCCUCCGCUGCCCCGGAAGACCUGCCCCGACGGCAGUCCCCCCUAAACCGGCGGCCGCAGACCUCGGGCGGCGGGGCUGGACCGCUACCCCCCCCCCCCACCGCAGCCCCCAGGCGGCGGGAACAGGGGCCCCCACGGGCGAGCUCAGGUCCCGGGGGGCGGGGACGGACACCACACCUUUCUCCACGGGGGGACGCAGACCUCGGGCGGCGGGGAUAGACCCCCCGCCCACGGGCGAGCGCAGACCCUGGGCGGCGGGGACAGACCACCGCGAUCGAGCGCAGACCUUAGGCGGCGGGGACUGACGCCCACGGGCGAGCGCAGACCUUAGGCGGCGGGGACCGACGCCCACGGGCGAGCGCAGACCUUGGGCGGCGGGGACUGACGCCCAUGGGCGAGCGCAGACCCUGGGCGGCGGGGACAGAGCACCACGAUCGAGCGCAGACCCUGGGCGGUUGGGACAGACUCCCACGAGUGAGCGCAGACCCUGGGCGGCGGGGACAGACGCCCACGGGCGAGCGCAGACCUUAGGCGGCGGGGACAGACCACCACGAUCGAGCGCAGACCUUAGGCGGCGGGGACUGACGCCCACGGGCGAGCGCAGACCUUAGGCGGCGGGGACUGACGCCCACGGGCGAGCGCAGACCUUAGGCGGCGAGGACAGACGCCCACGGGCGAGCGCAGACCCUGGGCGGCGGGGACAGACGCCCACGGGCGAGUGCAGACCCUGGGCGGCGGGGACAGACGCCCACGGGCGAGCGCAGACCCUGGGCGGUGGGGACAGACCACCACGAUCGAGCGCAGACCCUGGGCGGCGGGGACAGACGCCCACGGGCGAGCGCAGACCUUAGGCGGCGGGGACUGACGCCCACGGGCGAGCGCAGACCUUAGGCGGCGGGGACAGACGCCCACAAGCGAGCACAGACUGUAGGCGGCGGGAUCAGACACUCAUGGGCGAGCGCAGACCUUGGGCGGCGGGGGCAGACCCCCACCACCCCCGUACCACGGUCGGGCCGGCCCAGCUGGUGUCCGGGCGGUCCGGCUGGGCUGUCCACGUCUGGGGCUCGGCCGGGCCGUCGUCUGCCAGGGCGAGAUUUAGGAGACACAAACGUCCUUGUGGAUGCCCCCGGCCCGGGGGGGACAACGGGGGAAUCCGCUUCCCGGGCCGGAUCCCCCAGGCAGAGGCCCGGAGGGGGCCGGGGUGCGCCCGGCCCUGCCUCCCAAGUGCUCACCCGGACCAUCUCAGCCCCAGGCCCAAGCCGAGCUCGGGGUGGGGGGCUUCAGGGGUGGUGUUGGGGGUGGGGAUGAGGAUCUAGAGGCGCUUUCCAGGGCUUUCUAGGCCGAGGGCGCUAACUCAGCUACUGCAUAACUGGGGUGGGAGCAGGGGAAUGGGUGGGGGGAGAUGGGGGGUCCGGGGCACGCACAUAAGCAAUAAUACCCGACUGGAGUCAGGACCUUUAGCUUGGAAAGCCAGCAAACCACUGGGGUCAAGAAAUCCCAGCGUCGGGCGGAGGAGCUCCGGCUCGGGUCCAGCCGGGGCCCGGUGGCGGAGAUCCGGACCUGGUUCCGGUUCCCACGCUGGAGUUGUUGGACAGGUCGCCGUGGGCAGGCUUGCUGGCCCCGGAGGGAGUAUUUAUUACAGACGUUUGCGCGGUUACACUUACAUUCUAAAUGGCCGGCGGGCAAGUAGGCCCCGAUUCCGUUUUAGUGUACAGAAUGUACAGAUAUUUGUAAUUUAAUGGGUGAAUAUUUACCACACUGACAGUACUAAUUAUUGAGCGGUUCCACGGAAUUUUUUAUGUGAAUAAAACCUGUGGUCGAAAU